AUGCUACAAGACCCAACAAGGGUAACGUAUCCUCUGCCAACCAUCUAUCCAGGUGGAGAAACCUAUCCUCCAGGUUUCAGCCCAGUGACAACCCAAGUUCCUUACAGCCCUGUUGUGGUGUACUUUACAAAUGCUCCACUGAUCCCAUGUGGCACCUAUCCACCAAGACAGACACCAUUUGUCGGCGGAACCUAUCCAACUGGAACUGUACCCCCAAGGACUUACACUCCAUUUGUCGGCGGCACUUAUCCACCCAGUCAGACCUUUGGUCCUUAUUUCACUCAGCCCACAUUUAGGCCCUACCAGACCUACCCAACCAACAAGACUCCAUACGUUGGUGGAACCUACCCAACUGGAACUGUACCACCUCCAACUCCAUUUGUUGGUGGAACCUAUCCUCCAGGAUACAUACCAAGGCAAACACCACCACCCAAACCACAGGCUCCUAUUCUGGUCCCUGGAGAACCCUAUCCAUCCAGAGAGACACCCUACCCUGGCGGAACUUUCCCUACAGGCACUGUUCGAGUACAGUACACUCCCUUCAUUGGUGGAACAUAUCCACCCUCUUUCACUUUCCGACCAGGACAGACACUACCAACUUUUGUGCCAGGGCAGACCUACCCAACUAAUGAGACCCCAUAUCCAAGUGGAACCUACCCAACCUGUGUCACUUUGCCUCCAUACACACCUUUUGUUGGCGGAACAUAUCCGCCAAGCUACACACCACCUCCAUAUUACAGACCAUCAACAUUCAGACCAGGUGGCACAUAUCCAACCAAUCAGACACCUUAUCCAUAUGGCACCUAUCCAGUUGGCACUGUCCCAAUGGGAACACCCUUCGUUGGAGGAACCUAUCCACCAGGAUUCACCUUUAAACCACAACCUACCACACAAAGCCCAUUCAUUCCAGAACAGACCUAUCCAAUCAAUGUUACACCAUAUCCUCUCGCCAAACUGUCACACCUGAAGAACCUAUCCACCAUUCUUGACACCAUUCCCCUCAGGAACAUACCCACCAGGUGUGACGGUGCCAUACACCCCCUACCCACAGGGAACUUACCCACCAGGCUUUACUAUUCCACCACAGUUCACCACACUUCAACCAACCCCAUCACCACAACCAAUCUAUGUCCAUAA